AUGCUAUCUGUCAGCAGGCCCGUGGAGAGUGCGCCUUUCCCACCAGGCAAUCGCCACGGCAUCCCAAGUACACUAUCCAAUGAAGGGCAGCUCUCUUUGUAUCCGCCAAAGAAAAGAUCCGAACAGAUUGUCAGAGUUGGAGGGUAUUUGUCUCCGCCCAUGUCUGGGUCUCCGCCAUUUGAGCCGGCGCGGACUGCCCAAGAUUUGAGUUCUUGUGGUAGCAGUCCUCGCUACGGGAUGAUGCCCUUGGAUGCUUCGCAAACGAGACUGCAAAUUGAACAACAGCCGGCAAGGGCUUCCAAUCAACCCAGAAGCCUGCUCCCACUAUCCAACACCUAUCCGCAAGAGACGUCUCGUGGACCGCAUAUUCGUCGCUCGUCAGAGCACCGGCUUCCACCCCUACUGACUUACAACACACCCGAGCCUGUCAACAGCUUCUAUGGCACGCCGGUACAGCGAUAUGCCUCACCUGCAUCAUCUAUUACCCAGCACUCGGACUCGCAGCCUCGAAGCUCUGUGCCUGAUUCCAGCAUCAGAGCGUUAUCGCCCAGAUCGCAGCGCAAAACCAAAGGCCACGUCGCUUCGGCAUGUGUCCCCUGCAAGAAAGCCCAUCUACGCUGCGAUGCGCAACGUCCUUGUGCCAGAUGCGUCUCUCAUGGAAAAGAAGACACGUGCGUUGAUGUUCGCCACAAGAAGAGAGGCCGACCUCGCUUGAGGGACGACCGCGAGUCUCGAAUGGAUGCCGUCCGUUUUGCCCCUUCGCAAGAUGGUGGCGCAAGGAGGACAACAAAUAUUCGACCUGCCUCACUGGGACACCCAUCGCAGCCUUCCCUCUACGAUCGCCCUAGUAGCGCUGCUCCAUCGGCUUCAUCAGCUUCUUCCUUUGCGCCGCCGCCGCGAAUCUUCUCCGCAGAUACUACUAUCCAUGGCGAUCGACACCGUCGACUGAUAUGCGAAGCGCCAAUUGUCUAUAUGAGAACGAACAUGGACAUUGUCAAGGCCUCUUCUUCCUUUUCCGAGGCUAUUGGCGCUACCAGACUCAUUGGAAGAAGACUCAUGGAAAUGGUUGCGCCUGAAACGUCGGAAACCAUGAUAGAUGUUUGCAAUGCUUUGAAUGCUGAGCAAAAGAGAAGGGAGCCCGCAUAUCUGCCUCCAAUUUAUGACAAGGGCGAUGAAGCUGUGCGCGCGCUGAGCUUUGCCCCAGAAAUCGUCAAUCGCAUCGACUUUAAACACCAUGCGUAUUCCACUUUCAGAGCGCACGAUGGACAGCCCCGAUCAUACCCUAUUCGAUUCGGCCUGCUCAGAGAGGGCUCUUUCUUCUUCAUCGCGGCUCUGCUUAGUCUUCAGUCGCGCCCUCUCUACCACCAACCUGCCGCUACACACACACGCAACGUUGCUCACACUCUCCCACGUGCUUCACCGUCGUCGUCGUAUGCUGCUCACGCAGCAAUUGAUUCGGAUCAUCGUCGAUAUAGUGACGGACCAUCGGCCCUGCGCAGAGAAGCUGGAAUGGCAAGGCAGGCGAGCCCACACGGAACCUCGCCCAGCAUCGCGUAUCAGUCCAUUUACUCGGCUUCGCCGCACAGUUCUGAAUACAGGAGACAGUCUCCUCUGCAAAUACCCCGGAGCGAGGCGGGCACACCGCUGCUGAAUCGCUCGAGCGAGUCGCAAUACACACUGCCACCAAUUCGGUCUUUGGCAGAGCGACCUCGCGAUAAGUCGGCGCGAGAUGGACGACAAAGGCGACUUAGCAUCGGAGGGUUGAUUAAUAGUACGGCAAAAUAG